AAGAGAAAAUUGGAGUGGAUUCGCCCAGGGCGCCAAAUAGGCUAGGACUGCCACUGUACACAGGUCUCCACCUGUGCAGUAGUGCGGAAAGAAUGCGGACGUCAGAGACAGGCCGUGCCCGUGCCUCAGCCCCAUUUAGUCCAAACUGUAUGAAGACAUACAGUUUGUGGUCAAACGAGCUUUUAUUCUGAAGGUCCAGAAUUCGCAGUUCUUUCCAAGUCUAAUGUUUGUGUUGGGAAUGCAGGGAUGAAAACUGGAGUUCGUCCACGGGUCAGUGUUUGCGUGUGAGUCCAGAGCGGCUCAGCCUUUUUAUGGAGGACGAAGAUGUUGCUGACUUUGUUGCUCCUCGUACUCGUUUCAUCUCAUGCAUCAGGAGUGGAGGUAUUUGUGGGGGAGGAGUCUGUCCUGCUGCCCUGUCAGGUACCAGCUAAUGUUUCCAGAAGCUCCACAGCAGUGGUCUGGGACCGUGAUGAGUUCAAGAUCCCAACAGUCCACAUGCGUCUGCAGACCGGAGAUGAUCUGAAAAAUCAAAACCAGCGUUACUUCCGUCGAACGAUAAUGAGUGACAAAGCCCUGCAGACUGGAGACCUCAGCCUCACUCUUAGGAAUCCCACAGUCUCCGACAGUGGAAACUACACCUGUAUCGUCCGCAAAUAUGGACAAGAUGAGAAGCGCACUGAAGUAGAACUGACAGUAAAAGAACCUCCACCAGGAGAUUUAAAGCUAUCACGACACCUAAAAGCUCUUUUAGGUGUCGUGAUAGGUUUGAUUCUCCUUAGUGCUGCUGUCUUUGGUUUCUACAAGUACCACAGAUAUAAGAGGAAGAAGAGGGGUGAAGCUCUCCAGGUGGAUAUGGUGGAAGUGACAGAAUGGGAGAACUCUGUCUGGCUGCCCUUUAAAACCACUGUUUGCUUGCCUGAUGAUGUCACAGUGGAGUGGAAACACAAAGACAGGACGAUAUUCAUGUAUCCGAGCAGCCAAAACCAGCCUCUCUUACAGGACCAGGAUUACAGAGGUCGCACUGAGAUGAAUGAAGAGCCUCUGAGAACUGGAGACUUCAGUCUGAAACUGAAUAACCUCCAACUUACUGAUCACGGUGUCUACAUCUGCACCGUCUAUAACAAGAGUAAAAAACUCCUGAGGCAGAAAGUAGUGACGCUUAGUGUUAGAGAUAGACAGGUGGAGAUGGUGGAGGUAGCAGAUUGGGAGAAGAACGUGAAGCUUUCCUUUACAAUCACAGAUGACCUUCCUCAGGAUGCCACAGUGGAGUGGAGACGCUCUGACUCCAAACAGAUGAUGGUCUACAUGUAUCCGAGCGACCAAAACCAGAGAGACGAUCAAGACCAGUUUUACAGAGGUCGCACAGAGAUGAACAUGGAGCCACUGCGAACUAAAGAUCUCAGUCUGACCCUGAAAGACCUCCAGCUUGCUGACAGGGAGUCUACACCUGUACCGUCUACAACAAGGACAGAAAAAUCUUGCUUCAGAAAUCAGUUUCACUCAGUGUCAGGGUCGCUCAGCUGCAGGUGGUGGUGCUAACAGAGGGUGUAGAGUUCGUUCGGCUGCCCUUUAAAACUACCGAUGAUCUUCAUGAGCACAUCAAAGUUAAGUGGAGACAUCAAAACAUGAAGGUCCACGAAUAUCAGAGUGACCAGAACCAGCCUUCCAUGCCAG